AUGAAAUGCAACUAUUGUGAAAAGUACUUUAGCCAGUCAUGGAGUUGCAAGCGCCAUGAACUCACUCACACAGGAGAAAAACCUUAUCAGUGCAAGUAUUGUAAUAAGUGCUUUACACAAUCAUCAACUUGCAAGUGGCAUGAAAUUACCCACACAGGAGUGAAACCUUAUCAGUGCAAGUAUUGUGAUAAGUGCUAUAGACAUUCAACCAAUUGCAAGGUGCAUGAACGUACCCACACAGGGGUGACACCUUAUCAGUGCAAGUAUUGUGAUAAGUGUUUUAGGCGGUCGUCAACUUGCAAGCAGCAUGAAUUUAUCCACACAGGAGUGAAACCUUAUCGGUGCAAAUACUGUGAAAAAAGCUUCCGUGCUUCAUCAACUUGCAAGGAACAUGAACGUACCCACACAGGAGUGAAACCUUAUCAGUGCAAGUAUUGUGAAAAGUGCUUCAGUUAUUUAUCACAUUGCAAGGAGCAUGAACGUACCCACACAGGAGAGAAACCUUAUCUCUGCAAGUAUUGUGACAAGUGCUUCACACAGUCAUCCAAUUGCAAGGUGCAUGAACGUACCCACACAGGAGUGAAACCUUAUCACUGCAAGUCUUGUGAUAAGUGCUUCACACAGUCAUCACAGUGCAAGCAACAUGAACUUACACAUCUGACAUGCAGGGAUGAAACUGUAUCGGUGCAAGCAUUGUGAUAACUGCUUUACACAGUCAUCACAUUGCAAGUAGCAUCACUUUACCCACCCACUUAUAAAAUGUAAAACCUUAUCAUUGCAAGUAUUGUGAAAAACGUUUUAGCCAGUCAUUCAUUGUCAGGCAACAUGAAUGUACCUACACAGGAGGAGACCUUGUCAUGGCUUUGGAAGCCAUCUUGACAAGUACAUUGUAGGAAAGCACAUGAAAAAUAACAGUGUUUGCAUGAGAAUCCAAUGUCGAAUAAUUCCUGUAAAGUAGCUGUUCUGAAAAAAAUAUGAAUUGUAAACUAAGGCUACACAGCAAAGGAUUCUACUAACAAAUUUUUGGGGUCAUACCUUUUGCUUAAAGGGACAGGUUCACAGUUCAGUGCAUGCUCAUUUAUCAAAAUGCUGUUUUUCUGCCAGGGCAUGCUGUAUCGUCUUUGCAAGCAAUAUGAUCAUGACAUAAGGUUGUCAAAGAACCAAUCUGCACACUCCCCUGGCAGUCACUUGAUCAACUUAUGUGCAAAUGGCUGUAAAUUAAUCAACCAUGGAAUAAAAUCUUUGGGUCAACAAUAAAUUCAACGUUGGUAGUGUUGGCACACUCCACUAAUUUUUCCGGCGUUUUUAGUACUUUUCCAUCCUACUUCAGGUUUUUUUGAAAUACACUUCUACUUUCAAAUACACUCUGAGAUCGCUGAGAUAAAUGUGAGUUUGAUUAUUAACCGAUAGAAUUAAUAAUAAAUUGGAAAAAAUUAAUUUAAUUAAUGAGCAUGCGCUUAACCGUGAAAAUGUCCCUUUAAAUUUCUCCAGAUGCUUCCUUUAGAUUUCAACAUAUUUGUUUGCAAUUUUUCUGGGAAAUUUUAGUUGGUUGGAAAAAAAUUUUUUACAGACAAAUAUGUAGCUGCAUGCAACGCCCUCCUAUUUUUUCUGUAGAAUCCUUAGGAGUGAAGCUUUAGUUUACAAUUCAUAUUUUAUUUAGAACAGCCAUUUUACGGAAAUUAUUUGACAUUAGAUUCUCAUACAAACACUGUAAUUUCUCACGCAGUUGCCUACCCCUCAAGAUGGCUUCCAAAACCCUGCCAAAGUCUAUAAAGCCUUAUGAGUGCAAGAAUUGUGGUAAGAGCUUCAGCCAAUCAUCAAAUUGCAAACAACAUGAACUUACACAUGCAGGUGUGAAAAGUGAUAAGUGCCUUACAUGGUCAUCGAAUUACAAGAAACAUGAA